UAAUCAGUCACACAGUGAUGACAUGACGUUAAAAAGAUAGAACAUUCAACUCUAUAUUCCUAUUACUAGUAUUUUGCACCGUAUGAGUCACGAAACGAUAAGAGAUUACGAAAAUGGAGACGUCACUUGUACUCCCGAUCGUUGAUAUUUCUUCACCGGACAAAAUCACCACUGCACGGUUGAUUCGCCGGGCAUGUGUGGAACAUGGGUUCUUCUAUGUUAAAAAUCAUGGCAUCCCGGAAGAAUUGAUGGAAGGGGUUUUCAGGGAGAGCAAAAGAUUCUUCAAUCUCCCGCUAGAGGAUAAGAUGGAUUCACUACACCGUGAUUUUCUCGGUUAUACUCCACUGUAUGCUGAGAAACUCGACACGUCCUUGACCACCAUAGGCGAUUCCAAGGAAAGCUUUUUUCUUGGCUCUUCAGAAGGCGUUCGCGGUCAGCGUUACCCAAAUCAAUGGCCUUCUGAAAAUCUAUUGCCAUCAUGGAGGCAAACCAUGGAAUGUUAUUACAAGAAUGUCAUGUCCGUGGGUAGAAAGUUGCUCGGCUUGGUUGCCUUGGCACUGGAUUUAGAUGAGGACUUCUUCAUUAAAAUUGGAGCCUUGAAUGAUCCUGCAGCAGUUGUUCGCCUCAUACGUUAUCCAGGUGAAGUGAUUUCGUCGGAUGUAGAAACAUAUGGUGCCUCAGCUCACUCGGAUUAUGGAACGGUCACUCUUCUUUUGACUGAUGAAGUUCCAGGACUUCAGGUUUGUAGAGACAAAUCGAAACAACCACGCAUUUGGGAAGAUGUCCCUAGACUCAGAGGGGCGUUUAUCGUCAACAUUGGUGAUUUGAUGGAGAGAUGGACCAAUGGAUUGUUCCGGUCUACGUUGCACAGAGUGAUGCCGGUGGGAAAAGAGCGCUACUCGGUGGCGUUCUUCUUAGAUCCCAAUCCAGAUUGUAAUGUAGAAUGCUUGAAGACUUGUUGCAGCGAAACUUCUCCUGCAAGGUAUUUGAGAAAACUUUACCGAGGGCAUGACGGGUUUCUCUGCUACCAUUCGCAAAAACAGCUUUUACGAUUCCCGCCUAUUCUCGCCGGCGACUAUAUUAAGGAGCGUUUCAGGAUAACCUACGCCACUUAGUCUUGGUGACUUUUAUGAUUAUGUUACGUGAUGCAAGAAAUUAUGGUAUCAAAAAUACAAUAUGUUUUAGAAAAAACUUAACUGUUUGUAGUUUAAAAUUUCUUUUCCUCCAAAACAUUUCUAUUUUAGAAAAAAACUAAACUGUUUUAUCAAAUAAUGAAGUGACCACUUACUUUUGAAAGA